GAAGUCUGCAAUCUGUAACUGGUUGAAGGAUCAUGAGAAUCAAAACCACAUAAAUAAUUGUAAUUGCAACGUAAAGCGUGGCUUGUGUUUUGGAUUUGUGAAAUUCAAGGAAGCAAUAGCAUAGAGUUAGGUCAGGAAAGGGAUAAUGAAGGAUGACGCAGAUGAUCGAAAACAGGAUAAUCCAUGGCCCUCAUCAAAUGCGUCCUUUCAGGGGAAGCCCGAGCAAGAUAUGAAGCUUUGGGGAGUUUUCCUCUUUGGCUUGAUAGGUGCCACUGCCACAACCUUCGCCGUUAGUCAGCUGCGGAGGACUGUUGAUUGGUUCUAUGCCCAGAUGUCCAGAUCUCAAUCACCAUGGAAAGGAGGGACAGGCAAUUCCUUUCGGUCGGCUUUUCAGGAAGAAGCAUGGAAAAGGUACAAUAAGCGGCUCCAAGAAGAGUAUGAGGAGGAAAUGGCAAGAGUGGAACGUAUAAGGCGCAUGCAAAGUGUGUUUAACAGGGAAAGGAAUAAGUACAAAAGAAGCUAUGAGAACUGGGGUGAUUGUGGUCAAGAUGCACAUCACCAACAUUUCCAGAGAGAUGAUUGGUAUUGGAAGACCGGCUCAUCCUAUAGAGAUUGGAGGACGAAUUAUCGAGAAGCUCCAAGGGAAACUGGAAGUUAUUCAUUGUCACAUCACUACUCAGUUUUGGGUCUUGACAGGUUUAGAACAACACCGUAUACUGAUGCAGAGAUCAAGACAGCAUUUAGAACCAAGGCAAAGGAGCAUCAUCCUGAUCAGAACCAGGAUAAUAGAGAGGCUGCAGAGGCAAAAUUCAAAGAGGUGGUGAAUUCUUACGAAACCAUAAAAAAAGAAAGAGCGAGCCUGAGCUGAAGCUGUAACUGCCCAACCUUUCCUCAGCUCCUGCCUCAGAAUUUUCAAUUUUGGAACCUACUCGAACAAGCAUUCCGGGUGUAUAUAAAAAUUCAUAUUUCUGUAUCGUUGACGAGCUUAAUAAUGAUUCCCUGCAUUCGGGAUUGUAUGACAAUGACACAUAGAAUGUUCUCAUAUUAGGUUGCUAUCUAGAGAUGAGUUAAAUUAUGCUUGUAAGGAUAGAGAAAUGCAGAGUUAUCAAUGCAACCCCGACAUUCAAGGCCA